AUGGUGAAGGAGAAAAGAAGCCGGCGCAAGUCCCAGUCCAUAUCCACGGGCAAGGCAAAUUCGGUUUUGUCAGAUAGAGACAUUGACCUGGAGGCUGAGGCUCUCGUUCGGGAAGUUUACCGCCGAUUAGAACGCGACACAGUAUCAAAUGUCAUAUGCGAUCGACACCUCCCCGCCGCUCUCUCGGGCGACGAUGUCCAGGACUACGUAUUGAGUAACGCCGGGUACCUUUAUACGGCGCUGUUAUACAUAUAUUGCGGCAUUCAAGCGCUCCCGAUCUCGUCUCCUGA